AUGGGACAGCAGCAGCCUCGCAGCCAGUGUACUGACUGUCGAAAGAAAAGACGGGUCUCGUCAGCUCGCAGCAAGAAGAGAAAGCAGGAGGACAUGGCCGGCCAGCAUCAGGACGAGCGACAGGCGCAAGGCCAAAACAAGCACCAGCAAGCUUCUCAAGGGCUUCAGGUACACCUCAAACAGAAGAAAAACAUUCUCAGCCCCAAAGACGCUACGAUGAUGGCCUGUGACGCCAAGGCUGAGGCAAAGGGCCUUUUCCCUAGAGCCUCUCAGAGACCCUCAAACGCGUUCCCUAGUCUUCCCGGCGCGGCGAUGACGAACGUUCAGGCCCUGCGGGACAUGCAACACAUGCGGAACGUGGAGUGCUUGCAGGAAUUCGACGAUCUCACGCGCUCCUCCCAGAUGUCGGCCUGCUCUGUCUUCCCUCCCGACCCGAGACUCGCAUCGAAGGCAUCACAAGAGCAGUCCUCGGCCCAGCCCCAGUCAGACGAACGAUACCGCCCCAUUCUUGCCAUCGUCCACACGCUCCCCAUUUCCCUCAACGGCGCGGAGUUAGACUUUGUGGUCGGCCAGGAGAGACAAAUGUUCGACCAUGGCCGCCAGACGUGCCCCUGGAUGAGGGGCCAGGACGAGGCGACCCUGCAGCAGUAUUGGCGUAAGCGCGAGGCGGCCGUCGUGCUCGGGCUCCUCGAGGUGCCCAUGCCCAGCUUGCAGCCCAAGAUUGGAAUCACGCGCUCGCAGGGCUCGCACAACAAUAUGCCCGGGGGUAACGACCGUUGA